GAAAGGCGCAGGCUUCGAAUCGAUCCUCCACCCCCAAAGUAUCCAAAGAACAACCGCCGGCCGACGACUCUCUUGUCAACCCAACAACAGUUCAAAAGCUCCGAAAGCAAACAUGGCGCUGGAUUUCGCAGCCACUUACAAGGUUCUGGUGUUGGGUGACUCGAACGUUGGGAAAACUUGUAUCGUGCACCGUUAUUGUGACGAACGUUACUACGAUACUUACAUAUCAACGAUAGGUAUCGAUUUCAAACAAAAAAUAAUUAAUCUGGAUGGAACACCAAUUAAGCUUCAAAUUUGGGACACUGCUGGUCAAGAGCGAUUUAGAGCGCUAACAACAGCUUAUUAUCGUGGUGCUAUGGGUAUCCUUCUGAUGUACGACGUCACUAGUUUAGAAAGUUUCAAUCAUUUAUCCUACUGGCUACGAAAUAUUCAAGAAAAUGCCUCUCCGGAUGUCGUGAAAGUAGUGGCGGCAAACAAAUGUGACGUUACUACAAAUAGGGCUGUUGAUGCGGAAAGGGGGCAGAAAAUAGCUGAAAGUUUUGACAUGCCUUUCUUCGAAGUAUCUUGUAAAGAGAACAUAAAUAUUGAAGAAGCUUUUCUCACUUUAGCUAGAAGAAUACGAGAACAGCGAGGACGCCGGGCUAGUUUGUUCGAUGCUUCAGAAAGGGAAGGAGCCAAUAAUAUUGUUAUGAAGCAAUCACCAUCUCACGUCUCAGUCUCAGUCUCUGUUACCCCCGGUGAAUCUUGGAGAAUGGAGGCAAUUGUAGAAUAUAACUAUGAAGCACAAGAACCUGAUGAAUUAACUUUGAAAAAGGGAGAUAUUAUUACAGAAAUUAAAGUGAUGUUAGGUGGUUGGUGGGAAGGCACUUUAAGAGAUAAACGUGGCAUGUUUCCUGAUAACUUUGUCAAAGUAUUAGAACCUAUUUCAAGUGGAACAGUUGGAAGUACAGGAAGUGGAAUAAAUGAAGGAGCUGCUAAUGCCAAAUCUGAAGAUAUUUCCUUAAAAAAUGGAGGAUCUAGAAGACGAUUUUGUAAAGUUCUUUUUAGUUAUGAACCUUGUAAUAAAGAUGAAUUAACUUUAGUACCACAAGAUUCUAUAGAAUUUUUGGGUGAAAUAGAAGAGGGAUGGUGGAGAGGUAGGCUUAAAGGUAGAGUGGGUGUCUUUCCUUCAAAUUUUGUAUCUCCUCCAGUUUAUGAAGAAUCUGACAAACACAAAGAUCAAGAGAGUAGAAAAUUGUGCAAAGUACUUUUUCCUUAUGAAGCUGUUAAUGUAGAUGAAUUAACAUUAAAUGAAGGAGAUAUAAUAACUCUUCUAUCUACAAAUGCCUCUGAUAAGGGUUGGUGGGUAGGAGAAUUAAAUGGUCAAGUAGGUUUAUUUCCUGAUAAUUUUGUUGAAGUAUUAAAUGUUCUACCUGAUCACCAAGAUCAUGAACAAAAACUUAAAGCUCCUAUUAAGUCUGUUUCAAAACAUUCUCAUCAGGUAAAGAAGAAUGGAAAAACACACAUUAAAAAAACUUUGGAUGUAAAAGAUGUACCUACAGAUAUAACUAAAAAAACAAUAUCAACAGGCGUAUCUUCUACAACAUCAACUUCUUCAGGAAUUGGAGGAAAUAGUGGAGAAAGGAAAAAUAUAGGUGGAUAUUCAGCUACAUCGAAUUUAAAACGUCUCGUAGGUGAUGCGGGAACUAAUAAUGGUAAUGGAAAUACAAAUAUAGCUUUGGGUGAAGAGUUAGAUGGGGUAGAACGAGGAGAAGGAGCACCGCUUUCGCAUUUAACAGCUUCUAGAGCUAAAGCACCCCACCGACGACCACCUUCUUCACAACGUUUAAGACGUCACGCUGCCGGACCAACAAUUACUACAACACCUGAAGAUAGUUUAGCAAAUGGUAAUGCAGAUACUAUGUUAGAACAAUUACGAGAAGAAGAACCUGAAGGAUUAGCUGUAAAAGCAAGAAGAAGAGCUCCUUGGGUAGAAGAAUUAAAAUUAAAUCAAUUGGAAAGGAGAAAAAUUGUAUCAGUAGAUCGUGUUGAUAAAUCUGAAGAAAAAAAAGAACGUCCUUGUUCACGAGUAUUAACGACAACGAAUGUCGCCGAUUGUAUUAAUAAAUUAGAAGCAGAAAGCGAAGAAAGUAAACAAAAGGAUAAAAGUCAAAAUCAGAAAUCUGAUUCAUUUCCACAUCUUGAACAAACUUCAACUACUCCUGGAACGCCUCCUACUUAUGUUCCAUUUGCACUUUAUAAUCAAUUAUUAGAAAGGGUUGUUGCCUUAGAAGAGAAACAAGCAAUGUUACAACAAACAAUGGGCCAAAUUUUAGAACAAUUUGUACCUGUUGCAUCUUCGUCAAUCAACAGCCCAGAUUAAUCAACUCAUAAAUUUUGCAGUAUGUUUUUUCCAUAUAAAAUGCUGCUAUUUUAAUUUCAUUUUCCAUACAAACAAUAUGGAAGAAUAGUUUAUAAUUACUGUAUAAUUCUUAUAUUUAUUCGUUUUAGUAGCGGCAUUUUUAAUUUGUUUCGCUAUUGUAGUAACAGUAUUUAUUUAAUUUGACUAAACAGAAUAUUCCAUAUAUCA